CCCAGCUGAUCCCGACGUCCCAGCGCGGGGCCUGGAGAGGAAGGACUUCGGCCACAGUUGCCAGAUGGCGCUCUGUGCCAGGAUCUCGAGGCUUAUCCUCCCAGGAACCAUGUCCAGGAAGAGCCCGAAGACUGUGCCACCCAGGCGGUCCAGGGUGAAUGGCUGGUCGCAGCCUGUCCACUACUUGCAGGUCGUGGCCUGGAUCCUGUUCCUGGUCCUGGCCUUCACCACCUUUGGCAUCUUUAUUCCCCUCCUGCCACCCGAGUGGAGAUACAUUGCCUACAGUGUGACCGGCGGGAUUUGCCUCUUCCACCUCUUAGUCCACUUGAUUGUUGUUUCCAUCGAUCCGGCCGAAGCCAAUGUCCGCUUAAAGAAGAACUACGCACGGGUUGUGCCGACUUUCGACCGGUCCAAACACGCCCGUGUCAUCCAGGGGCAGUGCUGCCACCUGUGCGAGGUCCCCGUGACCGCGAAAGCCAAGCAUUGUAGCGCCUGCAACAAGUGUGUCGCAGGCUUUGACCAUCACUGCAAGUGGCUUAACAACUGCGUGGGGAGCAGGAAUUACUGGUACUUCUUCACCACAGUGGCCUCCGCUUCGGCCGGACUGCUGUACACGAUCGUCAUCCUGCUGUACACCCUCAUCCAGUACUUCAUCAGCCCCGCCAGCCUGCGCACCGACCCACACUACAGGAGUAUCUCCGAUCAGAACACGUGGCUGCUGUUCCUUCCGCUCUUCCCUGUGAGGACGAGCACCCCGGUCUUCCUGGGCAUCGGGGUGCUGGUGCUGCUGCUUGAGCUCAUCAGCCUCCUGCUGCUUGGUCACCUGCUCUUCUUCCACAUCUACUUGAGGGCCAAGAAGCUGAGCACAUAUGAUUACAUAACGCGAAACUACCAGCAGCAGAGCUCGAAGGCCCCGGCAGUGAAGAGAGAUGUGACCUCAGAAAGAGAAGAGUUGUCACAGCAGCUGGAUAACCACCUGAGAUCAUCCGUGCAGGGCAGAAAGAAGCUGAAGGAGUUCCUGCCAACUUCCAUGCACCUGAGGCUGUGCUCCACCGCCGUAAAACCAGAGGACACCUCGCCAUCGAAGCAACCAGUUGCCAGCCUGAGUUCAUCUGUACAGAGCGUGAAGCUCACAGAACAGGACUCUACCAUCAGCAUCCUAGGCGAGAGCUCCUCGGGGCUGCAGGAACUGGAUGCCAACCUGAGUUCAUCCACAGUGGGCAGAGUGAAGUGGAAGGAGUUCCUGUCGCCACCGUCCAGGUGCUCAAGUGAGACCUCCCUCAGGACCAUCGGCUCAGAGAGCUCCCUGCAGCUCCAGGAUGCAAAUGAUCAACAAGAAAUAAGGCAGCAUAUGGAAGGAGACAUGGCUGAAAACCAAGGCUCAGCUUCAGGAGCCCAGGGACCUGCGCCGACUGAGAGCCCCUUCCAGGGCUCCUUCUCCGCCAGUAUGCUGCCUGUGGAGUCAGUCCCUGAAAACUACUCUCUCCUGUCCUCUCUGCAUGGCCACAGAAAGGACACGUGGUCCCAGAGGCACUGGGACACCCUCCCCGGCAGCCAGAAGCCCUGGAGCUUGGAGUCCACGGUCAUCAAUGCCUCCGGGAAGCCGAACAACCAGCCGGCCAUCCAGGAGGUGCCCCGUGCGUGGGCAACGGUGCCGUACAUCCAGAUGCCCAAGGGCCUGCCCGUCAUCGAGGAAGAAGAGUGUGGGAUGAUGGUGACCCCCGUCGUCAGCGUGGAGGAGGGCUGCAGCCCCGAGGAGGCCACUGGAUCCGACGACUCCCGCAGGGUCACCAUGAUCGUAACGCCUGAGGACCCGGAGCUCAAGGACCGGGCUCCUCAGCCUCUAUAGAGCAAGCGCAUCCCCCAGGGCCCCAGGACGCCCCCUCCCUCCAGAGCUGCUCACACAGCCUGGCCUCAUUUCCAACUCUAGGAGGAGACCUGGGCCCUGCCAUCCACCGUCAGACCCCGCCGUCCACCUUCAGACCCCGCCAUCCACCUUCAGACCCCGCCGUCCACCAUCAGACCCCGCCGUCCACCGUCAGACCCUGCUGUCACCAUCAGACCCCACACCCUCCAUGAGAGUCAGGAGGGAAGAGGGAGCAUAAGCCCCUCUGCUUCUGGCUACGUGGGAAGAGUUUUAUGACCUCUGCAUUUCACUCACUCUAGAAGCCACAUGUUAAAGACUUUCA